AAGCGGGGCUCUCCCGUGGCACCAUGGAGGCCUCCAUCGUCCACGUGGACUUCCCGGAGAUCACCAGCGCCCUCCUGGAGAACCUGAACCAGCAGCGGCUGGAGGGGAAGCUGUGCGACAUCUCCAUCCACGUGCAGGGCCGCAUCUUCCGGGCGCACCGGGCGGUGCUGGCGGCCUCCUCCCCCUACUUCCACGACCAGGUGCUGCUGAAGAACAUGAUGUCCAUCGUGCUGCCCAGCGUCAUGGACCCCGUGGCCUUCGAGAUGGUGCUGGGCUCGGCCUACACGGGCAAGCUCAGCAUGGCCUCGGACGAGAUCGUCAACUACCUGACGGUGGGCAGCGUCCUGCAGAUGUGGCACAUCGUGGACAAGUGCACGGAGCUGCUCAAGGAGCGUCGCGGGGCCCUCCUGGGGCCGUCCUCCACCUCCUCCUGCUCCCGGCCUCACUCCAGCCGCACCAGCGACAACCAGUCCCCCAGCAGCAGCAACUACUUCAGCCCCCGGGACUCCGGAGACGGCCCGGAGCCCCCCAAGUACCUCCCGCGGGGGGGAGCCGCCUCGGCCGGGGAGCGGGACGAUGAGGAGGUCAUCUUCCAGGCGGAGAAAGGCCCCUCGCGCUGUGCAGACCCCUUCGCCGGGGGCAGCAAGUUCAUCCUGGAGACGGACGACGACGUCAGCGACAGCGGGGAGACGACGGGCAGCUGCGAGGGGCGCCGGCCGGCCUACGUGCGGCCCAGCAUCAUGCCCCAGAAGCAGUGGGUCUUUGUCAAGAAGGAGCGCUCGCAGGAGGACCUGGUGCUGACGUGUGAGGAAGACGAGGACCCCGUGGAAGCGGCCGGCCCGGCCCCCGAGGCGGCCGCCCUCAGCAUCACCGACGUGCGGACCCUGACGAAGCCCGGCGGGGCGGCCCUCGCAAGCUGGAGGAGCAGGUGAACUUCUGCGAGUCUUCGGAGGACUUCCCCUCGCCCUACGAGGGCCUGGAGGACGCCUCGCCGCUCCGGCUCCUUCCCGCAGCGCUCGCUGAUGCCCAUGGACAUGCAGGGGAACCAGAUCCUGGUCUUCCCCCCGCAGGCCCCCGUGGAGCACGGGGCGGUGCCGCUGGCCGCCAGCUCCGGGGACGGCAGCAAGAUCUUCAUGUGCCACUGCGGGAAGGCCUUCUCCCACAAGAGCAUGCGCGACCGGCACGUCAACAUGCACCUCAACCUGCGCCCCUUCGACUGCCCCGUCUGCAACAAGAAGUUCAAGAUGAAGCACCACCUGACGGAACACAUGAAGACCCACACGGGCCUCAAGCCCUACGAGUGCGAUGUCUGCGCCAAGAAGUUCAUGUGGCGAGACAGCUUCAUGCGCCACAAGGGCCACUGCGAGCGGCGCCACCGCCUGGGGGCGGGGGGGAGCGCAGGAGUGCCAGCCGCCUCCGGGACCGUCAAGAAGGAGGCCUCCCCCUCCCCCACCAGCGGGGACGCCGAGUGGGCCCCCGGACGCUCCCCCCGCGGAGAACUGGCCUUUGCUGGGAGCAGCAAGAUGUGA